AAUUGCUGCUUCGGCUCUUGUGAUUUUGAAGCAAUGGCACAGUGUGAAGAGGGGCACUUGGUUUGUGUGGAUUGUUUCAAGUCUUAUGUCCAAGAAAAAUUAUUUGGUAGUGGAAAGGUAACUUUAAAAGAAACUUCACCUUAAAUUUUAAGAAUGUUUGGUUUUCUGACUUUGUGUGUAUGGGUGGUUCAAUGAGGUUUGUUUGCUCAUGCUUUUUUUCCAGUUAUUUAAAAAUUCUCUAUCACAUGUUGCUUUAUGAAAUUAUUUUGAACAAGUGGCAGUUAUGUUUUUUAUAUUGACAUUUAGAAUUUAGACAUACUUGAGAUAACUUAUUUGUUAAAGUAGGUCUUUUAAUUAUGACUAAUUUCAGAUAAAACUUGAAUGUAUGACCUCUGAAUGUUCUUCAAUAUAUCCAGGAAGUAAGUAAUAUUUUAUUCUAAUCAUUUGCACUUUUUAAAUUUAUAUUUUCAUUUAUAUUAAAGUUGGUUAUCAUACACUUAAAUCAUAUUUUGGUUAAACCAGAUAUCUUUAAAAUAACUCGGUCAUUUUAACUCCAGGUGAACUCCAGAGAUGUCUUGAACCCAAAGUCUGGAGCAAGUAUGAGGAGAGAUUUAUGGAGGAAAACUUAAAUAUGGCAGGGGUUGCCAGAGAAUUGAUCAGGUUACAAAUAUUGGUGUUUUCUUUUCCACAAUUCUCUCUGAUUAUUUAAUGAAAUGCUGAUGCAAAGAAGUGUUUGUGAUAUAAAUGUUCAAAUUCAUCAUAAUAAAAGUCUGGUAAUAUCUUUUUACCUCAAAUGAAAUAUAUAUUUUUAGGUAAUAUGCAAACAGAUGACUUAGUUUUUCAUAAUAAUUAAGGUACUAAUAAUUUUGAUUUUUAAACUCUUUUUUUUUAUGAAUGGGUCUUAAGAAAAGCAAAAGACCUUGAAAAAUAUACACAAAUUCUUUUAAGGCAAGUCCAGCUGUAAAAAAUAGAUUAAUAAGCUUUCUUUUAUCUUAUUUAGUUUUGCUUUUUAUGAUUUUAUUUAUUUUAUUCUUUACCACAACUUGUUGAUUUGUAAAUUUGUAUAUAGGUGCUCUAGUUGUAAUUUUGCUGCACUGCUUUCGCCUUCUGUCAAGAUGUUUCGUUGUCUCAGAGAAGACUGUCAGAAGGUAAAAACAUUGUUAAUCCUAUUUCGGUCACUGAAAAAAGUAUUAAGUAUCUUUUAUAGGGAGUUGAUUAUGGGGGUCAUUGGUCUUAAGGAACAUUAAAUAUUGGAGUGUAAUACUUUAUAUUAUAGAAUAACAAGGGGGGCAUAACAUUAAGGCUUAGCAAGUUAACCAAAUGUCAAAAGUUUCUCCAAAAGAUUAUUAAAUAACCUAAAAAUCAUGAGAUUAUAUGCUUCAUAUCCUUAAUACUAAAUCUACUGCUUAUGAUUAUUUCCUACAGGCUGUAUGUCGUGACUGUGGUGUUGACUGGAAUAACCAUAUUGGACUUGACUGUAAGGAAGUAGAAAACAAAGAUGAAUCUCUGAGACUAGAAUAGUGAGUUGUCAGUUGACUUGACACUUUAUUUGUAAUUAAAUGUAGCAAAAAUUAAUCUAGCGCUGCCUCAUGUUUUUGAAUUGUUGAAAUUUGUUUUUAAAAAAAAUUAUUUAAUCAUAGUUCUUAAUCAAUCAAAUAAGUUAUAUUUUCAAGAGUUCCAUUUUUAUUAUUUUAUUGUUGUCAGUGAAGAGAAGAUGACAAAAGCUAAAGUUCGCACUUGUGAAUCAUGUAAUAGUCAGUUCACAAAAGAAAGUGGCUGUAACAAAAUCAUAUGCCGGUGUGGCGCAACAAUGUGUUAUAUUUGCAGGACUUCAAAUGUGAGUAGUAUAUAUUAGAUUUCUACUAAGAUGAUAAAUGUUAAACUAAGCUGUUAACAACGGGCAAAUUAAAUUAAUUAAAGACUUGUCAUUGUAACUUUUAAGCUUGAAACAUUCAAACCAUUACAUACUUUUAUUGGCAAGACAUCGUCAUGGUGUGUGUGAAAAUGUAACUGAUGAGUCUAGUUUUGAUUGGUUUAUGACAGAAUGUGGCUUAACAGUUUGUCAGCUAACCAGUUAAGUCAAGGAAAAAUUGAUAUUUAAUAUGCACAAUGUGACAUGAGAAUCUGCAGAAAGUUCCAUAGUUACUGACUCUCUGGUUUAUACUGAAUAUAAGAUGUGCCUGACUCUGUGUUCAUUGGACUAGACUGCUAUUGGUUCUGUCUAUACUAGAUAACACAGACUUCAAUGGACAGGCUCUGGCUGAAAAGGUCAAACUUCCACUGCUUAAAAUAACUUACAUAUUAAAACAUAUGAUAACUUCAGAGUGAUUCUUUUGAUAUGUCUUUACUACUAACUACUCUUCCCUAACAGUGCUAUGUCAUCAGCAUAUGCCAGAUAGUGAAGGGGUUGAUUGUGACAGAGCCUAUUGUGGAUCUCGUAUUUACCUCAGAAAGUAUCCUGUUGAUCUUCCUCAGAUGUCAUUAUGUAUGCUUCUUAUAACUCUCUCUGUUAGGUUGAACGACAUACAAGACAGUCUCCUUGUAAUAAGUUUGACUAAUCUCAAAUUCCCUUGAAUAUUCUUCCUGAACCUUGAUUUGGCUUUUUAAUUUUAGUGCUACAUAUAUCAGUCUUGUCAGUUUGUUGGGUGUGUCAAACUCCUGCAGUCUCGUAUAGAUAUUUUCUUUUGAUGCUGUCAUAGACCAUUUUAUAGUCCAUAUAAAGUUGAUAUACUGGAAUAUUAUAUUCUUAACAUUUCUCUACUACUGAUGUGGCAGUGUAGACCACGCUAUUAUGGAAACAUGUUAGGCGCCCAAAGCAGUGUCGGAAUUUGACCUCAGGAUUAGGGUAUCAAAACAUGCAGCAUGAAUGGAAUGGCCUCUUACCCAUCGUGUAGAAUACUAAAAUGUUGGAAAUCACCAUGUGUGCUAUUGGUUCAAGUUCAAUUAUUUAUUUCUCGGGAACCCUAGUGUAUUAAGCUAUGAAUUAUAUCUAGUUGGAAAGGGUAUUUUAUUCACUAUAACUUAGUAUAUUUACAAGUCUACAUCAUUAGAGGGUAUUUUAAUAUUAAGUAAUUAAGGGAGUUUUCACAUUCAUCCAUAGUGGUCCCAAACCUGUUCUAUAUAAAAUAUCUCAAAAACCACUUAACUUAUAGGAAGAUAAAAGUGUAUCUUAGAUAGCCGAGACAAAACGGGAGCAGGCACAAAUGUCUUUAGGGUUUUGGUCCGUGAUUUUGACUUGUAUUGGGAUAGUCAAUUUACCACAGGAAAUCUGCCAGAAGGCAAGUAAGAGACCAUCUCAGUCGUUGUGUACAUGCUCUCUGGUCUAUCAGCACACUUAUAGGGUGCGCGCUAAUGAGCUUUUUUAUUCAAAGUUUUAAACACAUCCCUAAAGUGCACCAUUGUUCACCAUGGCAGAUUUGGACGCUCUGUAAGUAUAAGCAAAUACAGAACUAACAAGUGAUUGAAACACUGCCUAAUAUUAGUAAUAAACAGAAAUCUUUACAUUAUUAACCCUUAACAAUUGCAUUCUACAAACACAAAAAUGUAAUUGCAUAUGUUCUUAUACUUGUAAAGCACCCAAAUGGGCCGGUAAAAAAUGGCGCACUUUAGGGAUGUGAAUAAAACUUGGAAUAAAAAAAAUCAUUAGUGUGCGCACUAUAAAUAAAAAUGUGCUGACAGACUAGAGAGCUAUGUAUGUCACACUAUGACCAAGAUAGCCUCUUACUUGCCUUCUGGCAGAUUCCCUUUGGUAAACUGACAAUCCCUAGGGACUACCACCUGAAUAAAGGUCAAAAUCCCGGACUGAAUUCUGUAAAGGCUUAUAAAUGUCUGUUCACGUUUUUCUUGGUCACCUAUGAUAAAAUUUUAUGUUUAUAUAAGUUAAAUUAAAUGGUUUUUGAGAUAUUUUAAAUAGAAGGGGUUGGGACUCCCCAUGUAUGAAUGAGAAAUCUCCCUUUAUUACUUAAUAAUUACAAUACCCACUAAAGAUGUAGACUUGUAAAGUACCAGUAUAGCAAUUAAAAUCCCCUUUUCCAACUAGAUAUAAUUUAUAGCAUAAUAAACUAGGCUUCUAGAGAAAUUAAUGAUUGAACUUAUACCAAAAGCACACAUAGUCGUUCCCAAUAUUUAAGUAUUGUAAGCUAGGGGGAGAAGCAAUACACACCACAUGUUUUGAUACCCUAUCCCUGAGGUCAAAUUCCUCCACAGUGUUAGGUGCUGAACACUGUUUCGUAAAAGCAUGGCCUACAAUGCCACAAAUUUGACGACUUUUUUUAAAUACAGAUGUAGCCGAGUGGUGACGUAGCUUACAGUUUAAAUGAAAUCACAAUCACAAUAAAACAAUCAGGUCUGAGAACUAUAGCUUUUUAAUGUAAGGUACAAUCCGUUGACAGAACCGACAGUAAAAUCUCUCACACAUGCCGCCGACCUGACGCAUCCGUUCUAUACCACAGUCUCAAAAUGUACACACUCCAAGUCGCCCCCCCCCCCCCCCCAGGGAACCAGUGUCCCCAGCUGACCAUGGGUCAACCCGGGGUAGGGAUGGUUAUUCCCCCAUGUAAAAACCAACAUAAAAUUUACGGCCAGUACACAGCUGUGUGUUAACUUUAAAUGCCCAUGGAUGUGUACGAGAUUGGGUUUACCCAUAGCAGUCACACUAUGACUAUGAGAGUGGAUUCUCUUAUUCCUAUCUGUUGCAUACUGCCGCAUAUAAAGUGUUACUUAAAAGCAGUUGCAAAUAGUGGCACAUUGCCACACAGAAUUUAACAGUUUUCAUGCCAUGUUAGCUUAUUAUUAAUAAUGAUAUCUAGGUACUUAUGUUUCUACUUGCUCUACACUGUGUUUAUUGUGAGAUCUGUAAUUGAAAUCGACAACCAUUUCUUUCAUUUUUGAGGCAUGCAACUGAAGAGAAUUUUCAUUGCACCAACUGAUAAUGCUUGUAACUAAGUUGUUGCAUAAGCUUUCUUUGCCCUUUAGAUAUUAACCCAAAGAUGGUGGUACCAUCAACAAAUUUGAUGAUUACAACAAUAUUGCCUGGGCUCUAGAUAUAAUUGAAAUUGGUGCAUACUGUAUACAGGUCUGGGGAGAGAACGCAAAAAAACAAAUCUUUUAUAAUCAUACGAUGUGAUUGGAUAAUGAUAAAUGCUAAGUCAUUUGAAAAGGACCCUAGCAUUUUUUUUUUAGAUCUUUGAGAUUGUUAAGUCUUUCCAAUAAUAUUAAGAAAGCAUCCUCUGUACUUCAAGCAGAUUUAUAAGCAAAUUGAUGGGGUCAAGUUUUUGCUGUACUUCAUUUAAAAUUUGUUUGAGAAUAAGUUCCUCAAACCAUUGCAUUAGAAUAGAGGUAAGUGCGACAGGGUGUAAGUCAUUAUUGCAAGUGACUAUUUUCUUUGGAACUUGUAUGUCUGCGGUUUUCCAUACCAGAUUUUUUAUUAUUUCUUUUCUAAUAAAAUUAAAAUCAAUUUAGAUGUUUGGUUAAAAUUAUUAUUAUUUUUUUUAAUCUUAGAUAAAUUACAGUCAUUAUUGUAACCAUCCUCGUGACCCUGGUAAUGGAUGCUAUGUAUGCAAUGCAUGUAGUUUAUGGACCAAUCCUGAGGUAUGUGUUAUAUUGGUUUAAAAAUAUGUUCUCAUUAAGAUUAGUGUUUCUGUGUCAUGUUUAAUUUCCUUAUAUUUUGAUACAUUUUUUUAAAAUGUUAACAAACCUAUUUAAUUUUGUUUAAGGAGGAUGAGAGAAGAGCAAUAAAGGAGAUAAAGAAUGAAGCAAUGAGUAAAAGAAAGGCUCUAGGUAAGUUUAUGAUAGUUUAAUUGGUAAUUUAAGAAUUAUCACAUAAACUUGUAUCGUAUCCGGAAAUUUGAUCGAACUGAAAUUUCGUUGAAUUUUUUUUCAGUUUUUACGUUAAAAAUUUGCUUCAAAUUUCUUUUUGAACCCAUUAUUUUGUUUUGUAAAGCUUUAAAAUAAAUAGAAUGGUUUGCUUUUUAGGAGUAUACAAUUCAGUAGGUGCGGGAUCCAAGGAAAUUUUUAAACAUCUCAUUUUUUAAGAGGAAGACUCAUUCCAAUUUGUUUUAAAUAAAAGCUAUAACCUUUUCUUCGGUAGGUUAUAAUGACAAUAAGGUCAUAGGUGUACCAGAUGAACAGGCAAUGGAGAUAAAACAUGACAACGCUAAAAUGAUGAUCCAGCCUUUUCAAAACCAGCAUCAACGACAAAAUCAGCCAUUGGGGGCUCAGGUUCCUGAACAGAACCCAAAUCUAAAUAUGCACCCACCAGUACCAAAUCAACUUCCUGAGCAGAUGCAAAAUCACCUUCCUGAACAAAACUUAAAUCCUAAUCUGCAGCCACCAAUGCAAAAUCUGCAGCCACCAAUGCAAAAUCUGGAACAGAACGGUCGGAUGGUGCAUGUUUUUUUUAAUUAUCUGAAUGCACGUCCUGUGCUCAUGCAGUGAUGUGGAUCUACGAUGGUGAAAAAGCAUAUUUGAAAAGAGUUCCACGACACUCAAGUCAUGCAAAAUUAAAUGAGCAAUGUUAUUUUUUUUUAUAAUUAUAAGGAUUACUCAAAGCCACUAAAUUUACUGUCUUGUAUCCAGAAUGUAUAUACCCGG